AUGAUAAGCCAUAAAGCUCCUGUAACUGGAGGUUUUGGAGCAGAGAUCUCUGCAACAAUCCUCGAACGUUGCUUCUUGAAGUUAGAAGCGCCAGUAAGCAGAGUAUGUGGUCUGGACACUCCAUUCCCACUUGUGUUUGAGCCAUUCUACAUCCCCACCAAGAACAAGGCAAGUUCCUCUUCCUCUUCCUGUUUUCUCUACACUGACAAAUACUACUUGAUUGAUUGCUGUUUCGGAGGAGGUUUUUGUAGUAUAUGCACUUGGAAAUGGAAUCUAGGUUUUUAUGGAUAA